CGAGGAGGCGCGGGAGACCCGCGAAAGGGACGACGAGGCGGCGGCGGCGGAGACUGCAGCCCUGAAAUGCAUUUUCUCCUCCAGCGGCCAUGUUAACCAGGAAACCUUCGGCCGCCGCUCCCGCCGCCUACCCGACGGGCCAAGGAGGGGACAGCGCCAUUCAUCAGCUUCAGUCUUCCCCCGGGGCUCGGCGCGGGGCCCCUCGGACCGGAGUGGGGACCGGCCCGCCCUCCCCCAUCGCCCUGCCGCCUCUCCGGGCCAGCAACGCUGCCGCCGCAGCCCACACGUUGGGAGUUCAAGACCAGGGUUCAGUUGAUUCUGUUUUUGGUGAGAUCUCUUCCUGACUUGCUUGCAGAUGGUAUGUUUUCACGGGGUCCUUUCCUUGGUGUAUGUGCAAGAAGAGAUAGAGAGAUAGAGAUAGAAAUGGAAUAGAGAGAGAGAGGGAGAUAACCUCCUAAAUAAAUGAAAUAACCUCCUAAAUAAAUGGCCUUUGAAGCUCUAGAAACUUUCUCCCUAAAUGCAUCUUUGAAAUAUACGUCCUCCAGAGUUGUGUUGUAGAAUUCAAAUAUAAUCAUGCUAUUUUUUCUAUGAAAACAAUAACAAAAAAACCCUUUGUUUAUUUCUCUGUAGACUACUACUACUGUUACUACAAUUUUCACCACUAUAUUUCCUUUUCCUAUGUAUAAACUGUAAUUACCACUACUAACUAUUGCUACUACUACUAUUAUUUCUAACUAACAUUUAUUGAACAUGUAUUAUGUG